GAGGGACACAGAGAUUGCCUCGCACAAUUGGAGUGUCUUUGGCAAAAGAACUAAUCUUCUCUGCACGUAUUGUAGAUGGUGAGGAAGCAAAAUCAAUAGGAUUGAUUAGCCAUGUGGUAGAACAGAAUGAAGCAGGGGAUGCUGCAUACAGAAGAGCAUUAGCUCUGGCAAAAGAAUUUUUACCUCAGGGACCAGUAGCAAUGAGAGUUGCGAAACUGGCCAUCAAUCAGGGAAUGGAGGUCGACUUAGUAACAGGUUUGGCAAUUGAAGAAGCUUGUUAUGCUCAGACUAUUCCAACAAAAGAUAGAAUUGAAGGUCUUCUUGCAUUUAAGGAGAAAAGACCCCCUCGCUACAAGGGAGAAUAAAAGAAGCUGAUGCCUUUAAAAUACAUUGGGAUAAAACUACUGCUAUGAGGACCAUUAAGGUGCACUUUGCAUUCGCACCUGGAAUAUCACAACCACCAAAGCAAAAGCAAAUCAUGCUGAUGUUACAUUUUGAAUGUGUCCAUACUUGUACUGGGCCCAGAUAGAAAUGUGUGGCAACUCAUGCUCAUUACAGUUUCUGGAGGUUGAUCUGUGUAUUGGCAAGGUCACAGGUUCAUGCAGCAUUUUUAAAAUGUCAUAUGUAUUAAACGUACCAUUCCACAGUUGAAAAAGCUCUGUAAAUUCUUUAUAUAGACAAAGCCUAUAUGUAACGCUAAGUAUUAAUCUGCUGUAUCAUUUUAUCAAAACAAAAGCAACUACUGAACACCAAAAAUGAGAAAGUGUACCAAAUACGCAUUAAAAUGAUUCUGUAUAUCAGUGAAAAUUAUAUUUGAGUAUUCUACCUGAAUAUGUAUGUUAUUAAUAAAGAUGAGGGAAUGAAAAGGAUU